CCAACAGUAGUAGUCGCGUUGGGAUCGUCCCGUCGUUCCGGUGUUCCGACGCCCGACGUUCCGCGAGUGUGGGGAAGCAACGUCCCGUUGAAGCAUUACCAGUUGAAGCAACUUUUCGCUACCAGCGAGGGGCAUUGGGGCACACGGAGAAGGAAGGACGAAAACCGAGUUCACGCUGAUCCGGUAGGAGGGAUCGCCGAAGCAAUCGGAGAUGCGCGCCCAGUGGUAGUGCUAUCCGGCCAUCAAACGCCAUCGGCAGCCGUGGAAGCUUGUGUUGAAGCUCGUGUGCAACUAGCGAACUAAAUCGUUCGCGGUCCGGCGCGGAGUGCGUCAGUAAUCGCGUUUUGCCGCGUAUCCCGCGAUGUAACUGCAUCCUGGUCCGCUCGUGGCCCGUGUAUGUAGCUACACUUAUCGACCGAUCCAGGGGCACCGAACAACGCCCUGCCAACUUACUUGAACAGCAAAAACAACCACGACUGCGAGCGAUAUGCGAAAGGCGACGGAAUCGCGAGAAAAUCUGGUCAACUCGACCGCAUCGCUUGAGGAUGGCGUUGCGGAACCGGGCGGGGACCAUCCCGGCGCGGCCCGGUCUUUGAAGAGUGCCACGUCCGAGUUCGAUCUGGACAUCCAGGACAUAGUGCUGACCAAAACCGAGAAACGGUUUUUACUUAGCGCCGAGCGUGGCGAUUGUGCAACGGUGCGAAGAAUCAUCCAGGAAAACAAGGACCACCCGGAGGAGUUCGACAUCAACUGUGUGGACCCACUGAACCGUUCCGCCUUGAUUGCGGCCAUCGAAAACGAGAACAUCGAGCUCAUCAAUCUGUUGCUGCGGGAAGGCAUCAAAGUCAAGGAUGCGCUGCUGCACGCCAUCAAGGAGGAGUACGUCGAGGCGGUCGAAACGCUGCUACUGUGGGAAGAGGAGAAUCAUGUCCCGGGUGAUCCCUAUAGUUGGGAGGCCGUGGACCGGUCGUCGUCAUCCUUCACCGCCGACAUUACGCCCCUGAUACUGGCGGCCCACAAGAAUAACUACGAAAUCCUGAAAAUCCUGCUCGACCGCGGCGCAACACUACCGAUGCCCCACGACGUCCGGUGCGGCUGCGAUGAGUGUGUUACCUCGAGCGAGCAGGACUCCCUGCGCCACUCGCAGUCCCGCAUCAACGCGUACAAGGCGCUGUCGUCGAGUUCGUUGAUCGCGCUCAGCUCGAAAGACCCCAUCUCGACCGCAUUCCACCUGUCCUGGGAGCUCCGCCGGCUGAGCCGCAUGGAGACCGAGUUUCGGGCGGAAUACACGCAAAUGCGGGCCACGGUGCAGGAGUUUGCGACGGCUUUGCUCGAUCACGCCCGCACCUCAAACGAGCUCGAGAUCAUGCUCAACUACAGCCCCGGGGCAGUCGAUAACUGGGAGCCGGGCGAGCGGCAGACGCUCGAGCGCCUGAAGCUGGCACUGAACCACAAGCAGAAAAUGUUCGUGGCGCACCCGAACGUGCAGCAGCUGCUGGCGGCGAUCUGGUACGAGGGGCUGCCGGGCUUCCGGCGCAAGAGCAUCGUCGGCCAGAUCAUGCAGGUGGCGAAGCUGGGCACCAUGUUCCCGGUGUACAGCAUGAUCUACAUGAUCGCCCCGAACUCCACCAUGGGGCUGUUCAUGAAGAAACCGUUCGUCAAGUUCAUCGUGCACUCGGCCAGCUACGCCUUCUUUCUCAUGCUACUGGGGGGUGCGUCACAGCGCGUGGAGUACCUGGCGAUCGAAUGGUUCGGACCGGACUGGGCGCAGGACAUUCUGGCGGAGUGGAAGCGCAAAGAGCGUGGGUCGCUGCCCGGGCUCUUCGAGUGUCUGGUGAUACUCUACAUCAUAAGUUUGAUUUGGCACGAGAUGAAGUCGCUCUGGAACGAUGGGCUGAUGGAGUACGUGUCCGACCUGUGGAACAUUGUGGACUUCAUCUCGAACACGUUCUACAUCGUUUGGAUGAGCCUGCGCUUCACCUCCUGGUACACGGUGUGGCGUGACGCUCGAGCGGGCCUCAAUCCGUGGUACCCGCGGGAGCAGUGGGACCCGUUCGAUCCGAUGCUGCUGUCGGAGGGUUCGUUCGCCGCCGGCAUGAUCUUCUCCUUCCUCAAGCUGGUGCACAUCUUCUCGAUCAACCCGCACCUCGGGCCGCUCCAGGUGUCGCUCGGGCGUAUGAUCAUCGAUAUCAUCAAGUUCUUCUUCAUCUACACGCUCGUGCUGUUCGCGUUCGGGUGCGGGCUGAACCAGCUGCUCUGGUACUACGCGGUGCUGGAGAAGAACAAGUGCUACCACCUGCCGAGCGGGCUACCGGACUUCGACAACAACGAGAAGGCGUGCGGCAUUUGGCGCCGGUUCGCCAACCUGUUCGAAACGUCGCAAUCGCUGUUCUGGGCCUCCUUCGGCCUCGUCGACCUGAUGGCGUUCGAGCUGAGCGGCAUCAAGAGUUUCACGCGCUUCUGGGCGCUGCUCAUGUUCGGCUCGUACAGUGUCAUCAACAUUAUCGUGCUGCUCAACAUGCUGAUUGCCAUGAUGAGCAACUCGUACCAGAUCAUCUCGGAACGGUCCGACACCGAGUGGAAGUUUGCCCGGUCGCGGCUCUGGAUGAGCUACUUCGAGGACGGUGACACGCUGCCGCCCCCGUUCAAUCUGUUCCCAUCGAUCAAAAACUUCACCAAACUAUGCAAAUGCUCCGACGACAAGCGCUCCACGACGAGCAUAAUCAAGCGAAACCGAGAAAAGGCGCAACGGCGCCACGAGAACGUCAUGAAGCUGCUGGUGCGGCGCUACGUCACCGCGGAGCAGCGCAAGCGGGACGAUUUCGGCAUCACCGAGGACGACGUGAUGGAAAUCCGGCAGGACAUCAGCACACUGCGCUACGAGCUGAUCGACAUCCUGCACCAGAACGGCAUGCGGACGCCGAACCUGAAGCCGAACGACAACGCAAUCGCUGGCAAGAAGGGCCGUGUGAUGGAGCGCCGCAUACUGAAGGACUUCCAGAUUGGGUUCGUCGAGGGCAUCCUGCAGGAUACGUUCAGCUCGCCGGGCGAGAAGCCGGCGGAUGUGUUCAGCACCAUCGCCAAGGCGAUCGGCAACAAGGCGAGCACCAAGAAGAAGAAGCCGGAAGACUGGAAUGCACUGGUGCGCCGCAGCACGGUGGCCCGCGACCCGAUCGGCAACUCGACCGAGGCGAUCAUGCGCCGCAGCCGCCAGAGCCUGCGGAAGCAGAUCCUCGACAACUCGGAGAUGGGGCUGGACAUGGACACGGACCACCUGGUCGCGUACAACCCGAAGCUGUCGGAGGUGACGCCGGUGACGCGCGUGGCGUACGUCAAGUUCAUGACCACGAAGCUCAAAAAGGACGUGGCGGACGGGGCGGCGGCGACGGCCGACGAGGCGGCGGGGGCGGCGUUCGAGAACGAGCGCCGCCAGUCGUGGAAGCGCAACUCCCUCAAGAAGCUGGUCGACAUGAAGGACAAGAUCAACAACCUCAGCCAGGAGCCAGACGAGGAAGCCAGCAACGGGGACCGGGAAGCGCCGGGAGAAGCAACUGGCACUGCCACCAGCGCCGAGGAACCGAUGGUCGACGAUGUCCGGGCGCCGUCUGGUACGUCGUCGUCAUCGGAGUCGGCCCCGGUGUCGACUGUGGACCGGCCGAAGGUGCGCGUCCGUUCGCCCAUCAUCGAAGAUCCGAACGAGGAGCGCGAGGAUACGCCGUCGAGCUUUAGUCCGCCGCCGCCACCGCUGGGAGGGGACCCCAUCCCCGAGCGGCCCGUUUCACCGAUACCACCCAACAGCCCGCCAUUACCACGGCACGCGGCAGCAGCAGCAGCAGAGUUGGGUGACGGUCCCGAACCGGAGCCUGAGCCCGAGCCCGCGGUUCCGGAGGUCCGGGUGACCACUGCGAGUGCGACUGGGGCCACUGUCUCGCCGACCGGCAGUACGCGGUCGGUCAAGCCACCGUCCAGUCCAGCGAAGACGGCCCGGGUCAAGUCGCCCGAGCGGGCCACGCUGAGUCCUGACCACGGUGAGCCCACGCCCGCGCCAUCACCCACGAACCGCGGGAAGUCGAAGAGCACCGGUCGCAACCUGGGCGGGUGGCUCUGAGGCGGGUGGCCCGCGACAAGCUGCUGCCUCCCGCACCACUCUGCACUCUGGACAUCGACCUGGAACUGGACCAGGAUCUGGACCUGGAUUUGGCCGCCCUUUUUAACGCUUUAAACCCGCGUUCAUUCGUAGUUCGUUGCUUAGCUAGAGCGUGAUGCCCCACUGCACCCGCACCGCACCUUGUUGCGUUGGUGUUUUCGUCGACCGCCAAUGUGCCCCCCUCCCGGACACCUAGUAGCCACCGCCGCGCGUGCUUCGGGAUGCUGUGUGCUUUCUGCUCUCCUAGCUCUCGGCCUCCCCACGGCUCUUUUGUUAAACAAAAUCGAGCCAACGAAGUAGAGUGAGAGAGCGUGCGCGAGAAAGAGACGGAGUGAGAAAGGAGAGCGAGAGAGAGAGAGAGAGCAAGCGACAGAGCGUAAAGCCGCUUA